AUGAAACAACAGGCAGCAGCUUCCACCACCUCAAAAGGAAGGGAUUCAGGAAUUGCCCGUCUUUUGGUGGCUUGCUUAUUAAUACUCUUAUCAGUACUUUUACACAUGGUUUGCAGCCAACAACUGCCAUUGGAUGAGGCCUAUUAUAAAAUUGGUUUAUACAGAGAAAGACGAGAUAGCUACUACACAGUACUACAGGAUUACAAGACUCAAAAGCAAGAAAUGAUCAAUUCUAGAGCCCUCGAAAAGAUAUCAGUUAUCAGUGAAGCCAUCCAGUACUCUGAGAAUUACAUUUCUCAAUUUGGAAUACCAAGAGAUCAAUAUCAAGCAAUGCUUGAAAACAAGGUUAAGCAAUAUAACAAUGUUUUGGCAACACAAAAAGAGUUGGACUCAUUGAUUGCAUUCACAAACACAGGUUUCAACCAAACAUAUAAUAAGUUAAGAAAUUUGGUCCAGGAUUCGAUUAAUUAUUUGAAUGAUCCUUCAAAAUGGACAACCGCAAAUACAACAACGGCUCCUCUGCCUAUGAGCUUUAACAUUACCCACGGAUACCUUCGCAAUUAUGCAUCUUACCAUCCUGUCGUCAGAAAAAGAAAUAGACUCUCCGCAGGUAAGGAGCAUGGACUCCAUCUUCAUGGCAAUGGAUUAUUGUAUGCUUGGGGAAAGCAAACACAGGGAUCUCUAGGAAGAUCAGAUUAUACUCAAGGAUCAACUUAUGGUCUCGAUAUUGCAAAGCCAGUCAAUCUCCCUCAAAACCUUACCAUUCUUCAAUUUGAUUCGUCCUAUUAUAGCAACAUUGUUUUGGCAUAUGGUCACGAAGUUUAUACAUGGGGUCAGAACUCUAAAGGAGAAGUCGGUGAUGGUACUCUUGAUCCACGAAUGACACCCUUAAAAGUUUGUUCUUGGGAUUUGCAAGGCCCAAAGAUGGUGGAACAAGUUGCAGCUGCCCCUUAUGCCUUCUAUGCCAUCGAUCAAUAUGGUAAACUUUAUGCAUGGGGAAAGAACAACAGAGGACAACUUGGAGACAGAACCACCAUUGACAAGAACAAACCAAUCAACGUCUUCAUGGAGGGUGCUUUGUUGAAUAAGGCUGUUACACUUGUUUGUGGAGGUGAUCUCCAUACAGUUGUUUUGACAACAGAUAAUCAAUUGUACUCAUUCGGAGAUAAUCAAUAUGGGCAAUUAGGUUUAGGUUAUGCCUCUGCCGCCGAUUACAUUAUGGAAGCAAUUACCAUUCCAAAGCCUGCUGAUCUUGCAGGAGAAACCAUCGUAGAUUUACAAUGCGGAGAUUAUCACACUAUGGUGUUGACUGAAAACGGAACAGUUUAUGCUUGGGGUCGUAAUGACCAAGGUCAAUUAGGUGUUGGUGAUGUUACUCUCAGAACCUCUCCAACGAAGGUAACCAUGACAAAUAUUGUUGGUAAAAGCAUUGUCAAGAUUUAUUCAAGAAGAAACGUCGCCUUUGCAUUAACGAACGAUGGUAAAUGGUAUUCAUGGGGUGAAAACACUAAUUAUCAAUUAGGUCAUACCUCGAGGGCAGGCUCUGCUGGAAACUAUUAUCAGACAAUUCCAUACCAAGUCUCAGACCUUCCCACAGAUACAUUGUACAAUCAUUUAAUAACUGAAGUUGCAGCUAUGGACCAAGCCUCAGUCGGUCUCACCACAGAGGCAGUGAUUGUUGGUUCAGGAAAGGGAAAUACCGGCCUCUUACCUAAUAUCACAACAAACCCAUCAGGUUUCACAUUAGGUUGGACCUUUGAUGCAUCAACAGGUUUUUCUUUGGAGAGAAGACAUUACCCAUAUUUUGAGGUAAACGAUAAGGCCUAUCAAUUUAUUGGGGAACAAUUUUAUCCCUUGGUAGAGAAUGGUUUCCAAUUGCAUUACAGAAACUUGAGUGAUCCAUACACUUGGGAGAUGGUUGACUAUAAUAACAAGACAAAGAAGGCUUUCCCUGGUACCAUUUACAAUACACAUGUUGUCCGAGCUCAAGAGUAUAUUUACUUCUUUGGAGGAGUUGUCAAUGGAUCGAUCAGCGACAAGAUUUAUAGAGCUCCUGUUUCUGAUGUUGAGAAUGGAUGGGAACUUCUCAAAUAUACAUUACCUUAUCCAGUCGCCUCAGGUCAUUGCAUCGUUGUUGACGACACAAUAUUUAUUUAUGGUGGUAUUCAUGCAGCAGACUCUAAAAACUACUCUGUCACAAACAAGAUUAUCCGUGCAUCUAUCACUGAGCCACGAGUUUGGACCAUUUCACCAGACGUCCUACCCAACCAAGUAUACGGUGGAAAGAUUGCGCAAAUUGGACAAUAUAUUUACAUCUUUGGAGGAAGAUCACCAUCCCAAGAAGCUUAUAGUGAUAUUUUGAGAGCUCCUUAUAUAUUCCCCUCAAAAUGGGAGAAUACUUACUCGGUGCUUCCAUUCACUUAUUCCGAUGGACCAAUGGUGGUUACAGCGGAUUACAUUUUCAUUUUCGGGGGAUUUGCAAGCAAAGGACUUCCAAGAACUCUAAAUGACUAUAAUCCAAGAGUUUCUUUCGCAACAACAGAAGAUCCUUUGGGAUCCUGGACUGUCUCAGGAGAUGUUUUAACAUCACUCUCACUCUACACCCCAAGCUUUUCUGGAUCGGAUUUGUAUUUGUAUGGAACUGACAUUAAGAGAAUUUUCACACGACAAAGAAGUCCAUUCUCUCACACAGUUUGUAAAAUUCCUUUGCUUAACAUUGUCCAGUCUGUGUAA